AUGGUUAUAAUCGUUACUAUCAUAUUAUUAUGUCAUUUUGGCUUCGUUUUAUCGUCUGAUACACAGUGGUUUGGUACAAAACACUUGUAUGAAUUGGAUGACAAGGUUCAAUGGGACCGUUUUUACGUGAAUAAACAUCUAUCGAGCUUAAUUCUUAAUAUUAAGUACGCUACAUAUCCGUUUAACGACUCGUUUGGAAAUGUAUUGAAUGCUUAUGAUAGCAUCAUAGAAAUAAUUGCGACACUAAGGGAAAAUCGCGCACUAGAAAAUAUCCCAAAUAUUCUUUUCACAAAGUAUAGGGAGAUUGAUAUGGAAUUUAUGCAGCUUAAAUACACAGGACUAGCGAAUUACAGUGUAUUAAGUGGACCUGAGUCCUCUAUGAUUUUUCUCACACCGCUCUACCAAAAUAUUCAGGAGGUUAAACGAUAUCAUUACGAAAUUAUAUCAUGUUUAACCACUCUGUCAGGGCUAGAAACAAAUAAUUUACGACUCUACAGAACAUUCAUAACGUAUUUGUUUGAUUUGUCUAAGUUUAUGAAGCUGUUUGUGAUACGGAAUAACGAUAAUUUCAGCCAAUUUUUAUUAGAAGAGGAUUUAAUAACGAGUGAUUUCUUAAAAGAAAUGGAAAAAUGUUAUAGAAUCUGCAGAUCGAUGUCAGAUUUUGCUUUUGAACAACAUUUUCAACAUUUUACUCCGUUCGUUCUUCCUGCUAUAGCAGAAUAGGAGGAAAAGUGAGAGUAAAAAGGAUAGAAAAGCUACAGAACCAAGAAAUAAAAUAAAA